AAACCAUUUAUUAUCUCCUUCGGAACAUUUUCUGGAUAGAGAAGAUAAUGAGCUCCUUAGGAUUUUCUGUUGGGACUUGUUCUCCACCAAGUGAGCAAAGAAAAUGCAGAAGUUUUGUGAGCAGCAGCUUAACCAAAGCAGAGGCUAUUAACUUGAGAAGCCAGCAAAAAGUCUCUGAUCAUGAGUUAAGUUUUGUUCAACCAGCUUCUUUUGGUAGAAGAGAAGUAAUUAUUGGUUUUGGUUUCUGUAUUGGUCUUGUUGAUAAAGUUUCAGCAUUUGCCGAAACAAGUUCUUGUGAAUUCUCUGUUUCUCCUUCUGGUCUUGCCUUCUGCGAUAAGGUAGUUGGAUAUGGUCCUGCAGCUGUUAAAGGGCAGCUAAUCAAGGCACAUUAUAUUGGGAAGUUGGAGAAUGGGAAAGUGUUUGAUAGUAGCUAUAAUCGGGGAAAGCCUCUAACUUUCCGAAUAGGUGUUGGUGAGGUGAUUAAAGGUUGGGACCAGGGAAUCAUUGGCUCUGAUGGAGUUCCUGCUAUGCUUACUGGAGGGAAACGGACAUUAAAGAUUCCUCCCGAACUCGCGUAUGGUGAUCGAGGCGCAGGUUGCAAAGGAGGCUCAUGUCUCAUUCCACCAGCUUCGGUUCUUCUCUUUGACAUUGAGUUCAUAGGUAAAGCUUGAGAGAGCUUUCUGCUUUUCUUUGUCUUUGCUGAGCCACCAUCUUCUUUAAAAUCACCCUUUAUAGAAACAAAAAUAUACUCUAUUUGUAAACAAGUGAAUAUUUUCUGGCUCUUUUUCAAACUUGUUUCGUUCAUGUAUGCUUAUCCAAGCCCUUUCUCAGGAAAUGAAAUAAAAUAAAA